GGGUGUGCUUGGACCGACAGGACGGCGACCUCUGGCAGUGCAGCUGGAUACGCGGGAUACUUUAUCAACAACACGGGAGCAUACGCUCCCGAUCCUGGCAAGAACAACCCUCUGCAAGGGACAAUUGGAUACAGGGCCAACACCCCUAGCGGCUAUGGGUGCGCCGGCGGUUCGGGCGCGAUGAGCGGCGGCGGCGAGAACGCGCAGUUCGGCGCCACCGCCGCAAUGGUCGCCGCGGCCACCACGGCCGCGAUGCAGGACUCGCAGCCAUUCUCGCAGAUGCAAAACAACAUGACUAUGGGAAACCCCCAAUACAAUGCGAUGAACGGCUAUGGCCAGCAACGCAGCCACAACCCUGCGAUGGCAGGCAUGGGCAUGGGGGGUAACGGAGGCAUGAACGGCAUGACCGGCAUGGGGCAGAUGGGCAACGCGGGCAUGAAUGGCAUGAACCCCAUGGCUCAGAUGGCCAACAUGGGUAUGCAUGCCAAUAUGAUGCAGUCACAAAUGGGCCCUGGACAAAUGGGCGGCUCGGCAAAAAUGGGCCCAGGCUACCCGCGACGGCAUACGCCUUACCCUCAAGGAACGAUGCUCAUGAAUCAGCGGAAGGCACAGUACAUGGGCGGCCAACCUGGAUUCGGCCCUCAGCAAUAUCCCACUGCAGGGUAUGGCGGCCGACCUGGGUUUCAGGGUCAAUAUCCUCCCCAGCAGCCAUUGGGGCCUAGUGGCAAUUUUGGACCCGCAAUGCGAGGAAAUAUGAGACAAUCCACGCCUCCGUAUUCGAACCAGGGUCAGUAUUUUAAUGGCGGUGUGCCUGCGCAAUUCCCUCAGCACCAAGGUAGCAAUGCCCAAUAUGGUGGUCAGUACAGCGGGCAAUUUGCUCAGGACGUUGCCAUGCGGACGAAUAUGAGCUACCAGCAUAGCCCAGUUCCUGGGAAUCCCACUCCGCCUUUGACGCCAGCAAGCAGUAUGCCGCCAUACAUAAGUCCAAACGCCGACGUAAAACCCCACUUCAAUGAGCUCAAACCACCGAUGGGCAUGCAAAAUGACGAGCUCCGGUUAACAUUCCCUGUAAGAGAUGGUAUCAUACUACCACCAUUUAGAUUAGAACAUAAUUUAGCAGUUAGCAAUCACGUAUUCCAAUUAAAACCCACGGUCCACUCAACGUUAAUAUGGAGGUCGGAUCUUGAGUUACAACUGAAAUGCUUCCAUCACGAAGAUCGGCAAAUGAACACGAACUGGCCAGCGAGUGUUCAAGUAUCAGUCAAUGCUACCCCAUUAGUCAUAGAUAGAGGCGAGAACAAAAAUUCACACAAACCACUGUACCUGAAAGAAGUGUGCCAACCAGGCAGAAAUACGAUACAGAUCACCGUCUCCGCCUGCUGUUGUUCGCACUUGUUCGUGCUUCAACUGGUCCACCGACCGAGCGUUCGAAGUGUCCUCCAAGGGUUGCUGAAGAAGCGCUUGUUGACAGCAGACCACUGCAUUGCCAAGAUCAAGAUGAACUUCAACCAAUCGCCAGCAAACAGCAAUAAUGGCUCAAACAACACGAGCGACAGAGAAAGCGUCGAACAAACUGCGUUAAAAGUCUCAUUAAAAUGUCCCAUUACUUUCAAGAAAAUAACAUUACCUGCUCGUGGACAUGAAUGUAAACACAUACAGUGCUUCGACUUAGAAUCGUACCUACAACUCAACUGUGAACGAGGAUCGUGGCGAUGUCCAGUGUGCAACAAGCCAGCACAACUAGAGGGCUUAGAAGUUGACCAGUAUAUGUGGGGUAUCCUAAACACGUUGAACACUUCAGAUGUUGACGAAGUGACCAUCGACAGUGGAGCUAAUUGGAAGGCAGCUAAGAGCCCCUCAAAUCCUGGUAUCAAGCAAGAAGACGAUAGCAACGACAACAACGGAAAGAGAGGCAAAGCAGUGUCUCCUGGAUCCAUGAACAUGCCAACAAUGAACAACUGGGAUAUGAACCAAGCAUUAUCACCAUACCUUCCUCCUGAUAUGCACACGAUUGCCAGCGGUUCUAUGAUUAGUUCCUAUAACCAAAGCUCGCAGAAUAGGAACUCGGGCAAUGCGAAUCCGAACUACGAUUUUGGCAUGAACAAUGGACCUGGAAGCAACGAAUUUGCUGGCAACGGUCCUCUGUCACACCUGAAUGACAGUGUUAACUCCUUAGAUCCACUCAAUGCGAUGGAGAAGAUCAAUGAACAGAUGCCACACACGCCACAUACGCCUCAUACACCUGGUUCUGCGCACACGCCGGGCGGCGGCGGCGCCACUCCUGGCUCCAGUCAUACACCAGGCCCACCGUCCGUUGGACACCACUCUCUCAAUGAGGUCGACAUUCCUAGUGACCUCAACUUUGACCCGGCGGCCGUUAUAGAUGGCGAGGGAACCGAUAACCUCAACUUGUUGCCAGAGACGAGUGUAGAUCCCAUGGAGCUGCUCUCGUACUUGGACACCCCAGCGCUCGGCGAGCUGCUCGCCACGCCCCCUUCCUCGUCGUCAUCGGCAGGGUCCCACCCCCCGCGAGCGCCUUCCUCCGACGAUCUCCUCGCGCUCUUCGAAUGAACAAAGCGUGAGAUAGGAAUGCGCAAUGUCAAUACCUAAUCGUAACACACUCCGCUAAUUAAAUCUUUCAACAAGUCACAAAACGGAAUUUUCCAGAAAUCACUGUUUAAAUGAAAAGCGAUAAGCGUAUUACGAUAAGGUCUUGAGAUUCGUUUAUCAGGACGCCUAACGAGGCGUGGAAAAAACUCGCAUUCGAGCCAGCGAAGCCCGACAUUGUGAUACUAGAUUUUAGUUCAUUCUCCAUUCGUGUUGAUAUUGAGUAUGGCGGGGUAUGAGCGACGCUUUGUUCCGUGGGGCCAUGAGAGAAUCUCUGUAAGUUAAGGGCCGUGCUGUAGUCAGUCCGCGGUGGUCAAUAUCAAGCGCAAGGCAUCUAUUGUCGAAACAAUGAUGCUGGGGAUAAAUAGGUUAUAGGUAAAGUAUUGAGGCGGAGGCGUGUGCCGCGCCGGCCAUACACACUGCGGUGUUGUGCAUGUAUAGUUCCUCGCACCACCGCACUACGGUGGCGCUAUUGAGCUCCCAAAAUUCUAAACUCUAGCAUAAACUGUAACACAAAUCUUUCGACUUCUUACUCAAUUCCAAUAUACUUAAUCAAUUAGAGUUUUGAUUGUGUCCGUCGUGACGAUUUACCGGUGUAUAUAAAGAGGAUUUUCUUUAUUUGUGCUAGUGGUUUUGGUAAUGUGGGCACGUCGCUGCGCCGCCUGUACAUAUAGAGUAGCGCGCCGCGACCGCUCGGAGGCAUUAUGAAUCUUAUAGUUCCUAUUGGAUGCGAGCGAACUAUAAUGUUCAAUUGCCAUUAAGUGUAAAAUAUUCCUUGAAGUUUUCGCAUAUUCUGCAUUUUUAAAUGGUAAGAUAUGAUAGGAUUCGUGAGUAUAGUGCUACUCGCUUAUUGGGUGAUAUAUUCUAAAUGAGUUGUUUGAAAUCAACAAAUAAAUGGUAACAAAUUAGUUACAAAACUAUAUUGUAAAUGUGAGUGCAAAAAAUGAACUCUGUUAAAUUAUUUUGCGUUAUGUGAAUCGAAGAAUGAUAGAAAUAUAUUUU